AUGGCUGUCAAUGUUGAAUGCUUAGAAAUUAUGCUGAGUGGCUUGCAGAGUCACCUAGCGGGCUUUAUUGAAAUAUCCGAAAGAGUAGAUGGAGCCCGACUGCAUAAACCUUUGGCAGAACUACUUACACAAGUGCUUUUGACAUCUCUGUGCGAAUACGAAGAAGGUCUGCAAAGAAAACAUUUAUGUAAAUCAAGAAUACGAGAAGAUUUCAAAAAACGUCUCUGUCUGCUGAUGAAAAUGACAGUAAGCUGUUUGCGUGGGGGUCAGUCCUUACAAUAUACAGGUCUGCUGACCAUGAAUAAAGUAGUAGAUGUUUGCAUAGUUCAAGGUGUGGCCUUACGUCGAGUGGACAUUGAGGAUGUUAAUAAACAUACAUUAGAUUGUCAUUCGCUAAACAUUAACAAAAAUCAGUGCCAAUUUUCUGCAGGGAAUAGGUCAAGUGCUCCUGUGAACUGUGUUAUUAAUGCCAACAAUAAGUCGUCUAACUCGCAAGACAGGGGAAUGUAUGGUCAGAAAGACGUGUCUAGUUCAGCACGUUGGUGGUCUUACACCAAAAAAUCAACGACGAAAAUUACUCCACUGAUGCUGCACACAGAUCCUGAUAAUGAGUUUGUUUUCCGAACACAAGGCGUUCUUGAUGUUUUGUCUGAAGAAGGCGUUGAUCUCUUACUGAACGUUCUGAAUAAUGCUAUUACGUUACAUAAAAGAGUUGUAGGUACUCGCCAACACUGCACACCAAGUCAAAGAUGGCGACACUGCAGCUACCAUUGUCUUCAGAUACUAAGUGCUCGGAUGUUGCUAUACAUGAGUCAAAAUGAAGAAGUACAAGAGAAGCUGGUUGAAGAAGGCCAUCUAAGGAUUCUAAUAGCCUCAUUAGAUUCCACUCAUGACCCGCAACUUCUGUGCCUUGUUCUACAAAUUGUUGCCACUUUGGCUAUGCGAUCGAAAUAUCACAAUGCACUAUUGGAGGCUGAUACGGCAGAU